ACCUCAUGCGAUGAGGUUCUUUUAGGAGCGAUGUUACGACCCUCAAGAAGAAAAUGUGCUAUUUAUUGGUGACACUCUUGGGGCUUGGGGCUGUCCCUUAAUCGCUCCGGGUUUUGGAUAGCUGAAAUUUCACAAUUUUGUAAGCGUGGACUCAGGUUGUGCACCAAAAUUUAACAUCACAUGGGCACCCUCGCGAUCAUUGUUGGUAUAAUUUGCCUAUAUUCUCAAGCUUUCGGAGUCUCUGCACAAAAUACAGACUCCGCUAAUGGCAACAACACUAGAUGCUACGAUCAGCUGGGGUGCCUGGAUUUAGGUCCACCGUGGCAUACACCUAAACGACUGGUGCCGGUGCCUGGCUCUUUAGAGGACGUUGGAACUGACUUUCAGCUUUUUAGCAGACACUUCAAUGGGUCAGUCAUAGUCAACCAAUGGCCCAAUGUUUCAAUCGAGAGAAAUGUAACCUUCAAUCUGCCUAUUGUAGUUAUCAUCCACGGAUUUUACGCCUCUGCAAAAGGAGACUGGCUUCAUGAAUUAAAGGACGCCUAUUUGGAAAAGAGGGACGUCAAUGUGCUAAUCGUAGAUUGGAGCGAAGGAGCUGCCCCUCCGAAAUAUUUACUUGCAGUCUCCAACACGAGAGUUGUUGCACGUGAGAUUAGCAGAGUUUUGCGAUACUUCUCAAAGCAAGGUGCGGAUUUGAGCGAAACGCACUGCAUAGGUCACAGCUUGGGAGCGCACAUUUGCGGUUAUGUUGCCAAAGAACUAAAAGCAGAAGGAACUCUAAUUAAAGAAUGCACAGGAUUGGAUGCAGCCCAACCGGGUUUUGAGUUGGCCGAUGAAUCGGUGCGUUUGCACGAGGGUGACGCUAAAUUCGUCGUCGGGAUUCACACCAAUGCCGCACCACUUAUUCCGUUCCUUGGAUUUGGGAUCAUGAGACAGUUCGGUGAUGUAGAUUUCUACUUCAAUGAACAGGUGACACAACCGGGAUGCGUGAGAAAUAGUGCCGCGGAAGCCGUGGCGAACAUUACCGACCUUACAGAUUUAGCUGCAGUACCAUGGGAGUUUGUAGCAGAGCACUCGGCAUGUAGUCAUGGGCGCGCUUGUCUGUACUACAUCGAAGCAAUUAAAGGACCGUGCGUUUUCUGGGGUCAGCGUUUACCAGACAUAGAAAGACUAUUAACAUCCUGAAGAGGCGAAACAAAUAUGGAGUGGCGACAGAUUCAACUUGCUUUCACCUUUCAGCAGCUAAGAUUGCAAGCCACAUCAAACAUGAUAUGUACCGAAUAUUUAAUUCCCUAAAUGCAUUUUUUCACUUGUAGUUUGAUUCCUGAGACUUUUUAAACGGUUGCAGAAAAACGAACAAAUAAAACCAAACUUAUUUGGUGGUGCUUACAUAAUUUCAUUUGAAUAAAGCUGUAUACUUGUUAAUGUGUGAAAUAAAAUGAUUUCCUGUGUCUCCUC